AUGUGCCUCAACAAUGAAGUUUGGUCCCAAACUCGUCUUAUCAAUAACAUCCACAACUUUGUUGACACUAUCAUUUCGUCCUUCAAUCAAGAAGAUUUGAUUGCCUCUCCUGAGCGUUUUGUUAAGUGGAAUUGUGGCAAUCAUAUUUGUAGCAUUCUGAAUGUAGACGGAAGCUGUAAUGGAACUCCUAUUUGUACCGGUUUUCGUGGUGUGUUCCGCAACAGUUUUGGUUUCUUCCUCUCUACCUUCUCAGGUUCGAUCACUCACUCUAACGAUAUUCUGCUGGCUGAGUUAACAGCAAUCUAUCACGGUCUUAGGUUGGCAAGAAACAUGGGCAUCAAUGAUUUGGUUUGUUACUCAAAUUCUCUCAUUUCCAUCAAUCUCAUACAGGGGGACACUCAGUACUAUCAUGUUUAUGUUGUCCUAGUUCAAGACAUUAAGGAGCUUUUGACCAUUGGUAAUUUCUCUCUUCAGCAUACUCUCAGAGAAGACAACCAAUGUGCGGAUUUUUUGGCCAAAUUAGGGGCGGUUUCAGAUGUUGACAUCAUUAUUCAUCCUACUCCUCCAGCAGACCUCCUUAGGCUGUUAAGGAGUGACACUUCGAGAGUCUUUUUCCCAAUGGCGUAG